UACAUUUCAAGUUUUCAGUUGGCGUAAAUCGACACGAAACACUUUGCAGAUAUGAGUCGGUUAUUGUUGGCUGUGACAGUAUUCGCUUUUGUGGAACUUGCAAAAGGACAAGUUGUGAAUGGAAACUGGGGAUCGUGGUCUGCUUAUGGAUCAUGUUCAGUGACAUGUGGAAAUGGGCAAUACACCCGUUCAAGACAAUGUGACAACCCAGCGGCAUCUGGUGGUGGAACGGACUGUGCUGGUGACGAUGCAGAAACUAACAGUUGCUGGACGUCAACUUGUUAUCCAAAUCAACUUGGAAACUUAGAUAAGAACUGUGGUGCUGAUAACUAUGGAUGCGUAUCCGGUUUAGUGAAUUGUGUUACCAGUGCAAAAAGAUGUGAUGGAACAGUUGAUUGUUCUGAUGGUAGUGACGAAGAUCUAACACAUGCUGGAUGUGUAACAACAUGUUCAGGGGCAGAUUCUAUGACGAUGUCAGUUAUGCUUGUAGCAUCCAUGUGGAUAUUUAUGAAAAUAUUUAAGCAGUAAAAGACACCAUGAAAUUGACACUAUAAACUGGACCUAAUUAAGAUUUAUGUAAUAUUGCAUUAACCUACAUAUUUUUACUCCUUUGCUUAUUGAAAAAUAAAUAUAUCGAUAAUCUAUUA